CAAUGAACGACGUACACGAGCUUGUUGGAAUAACUUAUAAAGCAGGGGAUGACCAGGAGCUGGGUUUUUUUUUCUUCUGGCACGUUUUAACUUGCAGCAUAUUAAUUGAUACUCAAACGAUAAAAGCAGUGCAACAUGAGCGGCUCUUAAACAUGCAAUUUUGUCAAGGAUUUUUAAUCGCGUGCAUAUCAUAUCGAAAUCAAAUAUCUUUCGUUUUGAUGUGCGGGUCGAAGCGGCAAAUUGUCCAUGAACAUGAAGGCAACCAAAUGAAAU